UCGUCGAAGGAGGGAUAUUUGUCUAGUUCUUGCUGAUUCUUCCCUCGUUAAGUCGUAACACCGAGUCGUAUACCUGUAUACUUGUAUACCUCUAUUUCAAGUUCUCAUAAAUGAAUUAGCACAUCUACUUGUGUGAGUGCAAUGUGCAUGUGUUCGACGAGUUACGAUAAUAUUACUUAGCGUUUUUAUUCGUACCGUUUACUUAUUCGCAAUUUUGCGCAAAUUCACUAUUUGAUUUUCGAUCAUUUUCCAUUGUUUUUCCGGUGUUUAUCUAUUUUUUUAUUUUGCAUAUCGCGUCGAUUUUGUGUCGUGAAUUUUUUCUAAAUUCAGUGCGGUUGUAUCAAUACAGUGCAGUUUUGUGUACAUUUCAUCGACGACAAUUUUUUCACAAGAUUGAAGUAUGCGAGAAGCUGACAACUCGAUUCAGCUGACCGAAAAAAGGGCCAGGUUUCACGCCCAACAAUCGACAGUAUGGACCAGGAGGCAGCAAGCCGUCUGCGUACGCAGGGCGUACAAAAAAUACGGAGAAAAAAGAAGUCCCAAUGUUAUCCUUGACGGGCUUAACAUGACCGUAUCGAAAGGCUGCAUAUACGGUUUACUCGGAGCUAGUGGCUGUGGCAAGACGACCUUACUAAGCUGCAUCGUAGGCAGGAGAAGAUUAAACGCUGGAGAAAUAUGGGUCCUAGGAGGAAAACCAGGAUCUGCUGGAAGUGGUGUUCCAGGACCUCGUAUAGGGUACAUGCCUCAAGAAGUGGCAUUGAAUAAAGAAUUCACUAUUCGUGAAUCGUUGUACUAUUUCGGCUGGAUUAAUGGCAUGUCAACUAAAGAAAUCAAUCCAAAGGUCGACUUCUUAAUUAACUUUUUAAUGUUACCGUCUGCCGAUAGAUACGUAAAAGUUCUCAGCGGUGGCCAGCAACGAAGAGUAUCUCUGGCUUGUGCUUUGUUACAUGAACCUGAACUAUUAAUUUUGGACGAGCCUACAGUAGGAGUAGAUCCAGUUUUGAGACAGAGCAUUUGGGACCAUUUAGUGAAAAUAACGAAAGACGGAGGCACUACUGUCAUCAUUACCACUCAUUACAUCGACGAAACGCGCCAAGCUCAUAUGAUCGGUCUCAUGAGAGGAGGUCGCCUAUUAGCCGAAGAAUCACCGAACGAUUUGCUCCAAAAAUACAACAGCGAUAGCUUAGAAGAUGUCUUUCUUAAACUCAGCAUAAUACAAAAUCGAGGAAAACGCAGGCGUAGCAGUAUUCUACACGAUGUCACCGCAGCAAUCAGUGUUCCUGAAAUCCCAUUACAAGGCGCUGUGAACAUGGCUUUCGACACGAAUUCCGAAAUCAGUGGCGAAUUCGGUGAAACAAUCGGACCUCCUUCGAUCAGCAAAAGAAAAUCUAUAUCCAUCUCUAACGAAAGACAAGUCCAAACUCUAGAUCUACCACCAGAUGACGACAUAGAACGAACUCUAUCAGAACGCUUGACUAUAUUCGACGGCAAUCACAUGAAAGCAUUAAUAUGGAAAAAUUUCCUAUGGAUGUGGCGAAACGUAGCAAUCAUGUUAUUCAUAAUGGGAUUACCAGUUUUUCAAAUCAUAUUGUUUUGCUUAUCCAUCGGUAAAGAUCCGGUUGGUUUGCCUAUGGCUAUUGUUAAUCACGAAAUCGGCACUAAUAAUCCAAAUUGCACCUGGAACUCUACUUACCUCAUACCGCAAAUAUGUGAUGAUCAGAUAAACUCGACUAAUCCUUCGGAUUGCCCUAGACCGCAGUGUAUGGUCAAUAAUCUCAGUUGUCAGUAUUUGAGCAUACUUCGGAAGAAAAAACAAUCUCUGACUAACUACGAUACAGUCGAAGAAGCCAAACAAGCGGUUCGUAAAGGAAAAGCUUGGGUAGUGUUGGAAUUUCCACGUAAUUUCACCGCAGCUUUGUACAAAAGAUACGACAAUGGCAGAGAAAUGGAUCUUAACACUUUAACUUCCAGCGAAGUCCACGUCUGGUUGGAUCAAUCCAAUCAACAAAUUUCGUUACUGUUGCAAAGAGACUUGAACGACGCUUUGAAUGAAUUCUCUCGUAGAUUAGCCAUAUCAUGCGGAUUUGAUCCUAGACUCUUGAGUCCAGUCCAAUUUAAUCGACCCAUAUACGGACCAGUGGUUCCUAACUUCACCGAUUUCGCUGCUCCAGGAGUCAUGUUGACGAUUAUUUUCUUCUUAGCCGUAGCAUUAACCUCGGGUGCCAUGUUGAUCGAACGAAACGAAGGAAUAUUAGAAAGAAGUUUAGUCUCUGGUGUAACCGGUAUCGAAGUCCUUCUAGGUCACGUGACAUGCCAAUUCCUCAUCAUGAUCAUCCAAACAAUCGCUGUAAUCGGUGUGACGUUAGCAUUCAAAUUAACAAUCCAGGGUAGUUUACUCACAGCAUCCAUAUUACUCGGAUUAACCGGUCUUUGCGGAAUGUGUUUCGGUUUUGUCGUAUCUUGUGUCACAGACAGCGAACGAAACGCCACCUAUCUGGCAUUGGGAAGCUUCUUACCAAUCGUAAUGUUAUGUGGUAUAAUUUGGCCGAUCGAAGGUAUGCACGUGAUCUUACGAGUGAUCAGUUACUUCCUACCAUUGACCCUUUCCACCGAAUCAUUGCGAUCAAUUAUGGCCAGAGGAUGGUUAAUUUACAAACCAACUGUCUACAUCGGUUUCCUUUCGACUGUAACAUGGAUCGUUGUAUUUUUAGGUUUCAGCAUAUUUUUAAUCAAGUUCAAAAAGGGUUAAGCCCGCCAAACUCUAAUAUACUAUAGACUGACUAAUUUUUUUUUGUCUCCCACUUUAAAAAAAGAAAUACGUGCCUUCUCGUGUGAUAAAAAAUUUCUAGAUAAAUUUACCUACCUAUAUUAUGAUAAUGUACAUUCGAUGUAUAUAUUUAAAAAAUAAUCCUAGUCAUUUAAUAUUAUUAUUUUUAAUUUUAUCAAAAUUAUGUUUAUUAAGAUUGUAGAGUUUUCUUUUUUUUUUUUCUCCGUUAAUAAUUUAAGGUCGAGUACGCAGGCAUUCGCACGUGCUCUCUGUUGUUCUAACAAGUAUCUAUAUGUAUUACAUGUGAGUAUGUAUUAGAAGAUGACUUGCCAGAUGAUGUGAUCUCUGUAUAGAUAUCGAGUGAUGAGAGGCCAUUGGUGGAAAUUUCACAUAUUGCGCCGUCCAUAAAAAUAUUUCAUACGCGCUCGAAGAGCUUUUGAUAUUUAUGUAAGUUUGUUUUUAUCGUAUGUAGUAUUUAUAGGUCUAUACGAAUAAUAAUAUUUUCCAAGUAUUUUAUAGUAAAUAUUGAGUAGGUAUAAUUGUGAAGUUUGUUUAUCGACAUGACAAUCGAUUAAUUAUCGUUGAGAGAAUCGAUAAAAUGUAAAAUAUUGUAGUAAUGUACAAAUAUUUAAUAAAAUUAUAUAAUUCGA